CAAAGAGGGAAAGGGGAAGGAGGGUGGGGCCAGGGGUGGGGCUAAGACACAGACUAGAGUUUCUUCAUUCUCGUCAGUGCUCCGGGUGCAUCCAAGGCAAGACUGGCUCCAAGGUGAGGGAUGGACAUGGGUGAAAGGACAGCCUAGGGAGAGGGGUAUGAGGUAGGCCUGCUCCGCUCAUGGUUCUCUUUGGAAGGACUCUUACUGGGCAAGUUGUAACACCUGGGAGACAGCUUAGUAGGGACGGAAUAGAGGGAACUAGACAUAGAUGGGGACCUCAAAAAAAAAAAGCCUAAGGAAGAGGGCAGAAAAGAUGGAGGGGGUGAGGAAAGGGGGCUGAAAUGUCAGGAGAACCUAGGGGACAAAGGAGCAGGCCUAAUAAUGGGGAUGAGAGGGCACAGAGGGCCUGAGGUGAUGAGGAUGGUGCAGAUACCGAGAGGGAGACGGAAAGAGGGGGUGACACAGCAGAGGAAGCAGGGCACCUGCGGCUCUUUCUCUUCCCAGCUGCCAAGCACAAAACUGAGGAGUCCCAAGCUACAACGGGGCAAAACUCCUCCCUGGGUCCUGACUGCAUGAAUCCUGCUGGGGAGCCGGACUCCAGGGAUCAUGGAGCCCUUCAGCUCAAGAAACCUUGCCCUACAGGCAGAGAAGAAACUCCUGAGCAAGAUGGCAGGGAGGUCAGUGGCACACCUCUUCAUCGAUGAGACCAGCAGUGAGGUGCUGGAUGAACUUUACAGGGUAUCUAAAGAGUAUACUCAAAGCCGAGGCGAGGCCCAGCGAGUCAUCAAGGACUUGGUCAAGGUGGCCAUCAAGGUGGCGGUAUUGCAUCGAAAUGGGCGGUUUGGUCCUGGGGAGAUGACCCUGGCAGCUCGAUUCCGCCAGAAGCUUCGUCAAGGCGCCAUGACAGCUCUCAGCUUUGGUGAAGUAGACUUCACCUUUGAAGCCGAUGUGCUGACUGCCCUGUUAACAGAGUGCCGGGACACCUUACUUGAGCUGGUAGAGCACCACCUUACGACCAAGUCUCAUGGCCGUAUCCGCCAUGUCUUUGAUCACUUCUCGGACCCCAGCCUACUCACUGCCCUGUAUAGUCCUAGCUAUGCCCAACAUCUUGGCAAGAUCUGUGAUGGGCUCAGAAAGCUGCUGGAUGAGGGCAAGCUUUGAGGGCAAGCUUCCUGGCUCCAUUACCCCCAAAAGGUGAUGGAUUCUGAAUGGGCAAUAGGCCACAACUCUUUAGCCCUCCUCAUCUACUUUAACCCCUUCUACCCCACCCCCGGCUUGAGGCUCCUUAGAUGGUUGUUGGCUCUGGGGAUCUCUUACCCUAUAGGGGGAAAAAAAUGGGGAUUCACAAGCCCCUCCCUCCCCAGCCUUUGGCCACCAGACAGGAAAUGAAGCUGCCUGAAAAAGAUGAAGUGAAAGUCAGACCUACUUCCCCAUGAUCUGGACACAUGAUAUGGGGAAAGUCCUUCCAGCACCCCAAGCUUCAGAUGGGGAGGUUGUUAUCAAACUCAAGGCCAGCCCAAUGGCCAACAGUUCUGAGGACAGUUUGGAGGGACAUUAGAAGCCUUAUUUCCAGAAAGGGUCAGGAAGGGGAAGAUACUCAGAAGGGAAAUAAAUCUAUUAAAACAUG